AUGAAAAAUAUUCUUCGACAAUAUGAUAUUAUAUUUUCAGCGAUUAAUAUAUUAACUUCUUCAUUAACUUAUGAAACACGUUUAUCUAUUAGAAUUAAACAUGCAUCUGAAUUACAAGCAUACAAAAAAUGUAAUACAGGAGCAACUGAAUUAACUGUGGAUAAAUCAUUAAACGUUGUCAAAGGUAUAAAAUAUCGAUCGAAGCAAAAUAUUGGUUCACCAUCGUUUGAUAUGUAUGGUGAUUUUAUUAUUGAUUGUACUGGUCGCUAUACAUCAUCACCUAACUGGCUAAAGGAGAAUUUCAAUUUAAUUGUACCGACUAUACAAAUACAUUUCGGUUGUAGUUAUGUUACAUUUAUUGGUGAAAGAUUUCGAAUUGGUGAUUCAUCGUUCGAUUCAGCACUUGUUAUUAGUAAUCCAGUUGAUUCUCCUGAGAAAAAUGUAGGAUUUAUUGUAAUUCCAAUACGUACCAUAAAAACAAAUAAUGAAAAUUCAUUAGGAACAUCGUCAACAAUCGCCAUUAAUUGUGUAAAUUCUGAAUAUCCACCGAAUGAUUCAUACGAAAACCUAUUAGAAUGGACAAAAGAAAAUCUAGAUCCAAAAUAUUAUACAAUUUUAAAAGCAGCAAAAGUAUGCAGUCCAUUAAUUCCAUCUCGUCACGCGAUCGAUGAUCGAAAAUAUGUCGAAUCGUUGGGAAAGAAAUGGCCCCAAAAUUAUAUAUUAUUAGGUGAUUCAAUGUGUUCAUUCAACCCUCAAUAUGCGCAAGUCAUUUCUGAAGAAUGUUGGUUCUCUUCGACGACUAAUGAUUGGAAAACGCCAACAUUGAAAGUGAUCGAAACUGACAAAUAUGGUCAAGUUAAAACUUAUCAACGUGAUGGUAAUUCAACUUCAACUAACAAUCCUGAACCACGAAUACCUAUCAUGAUUCGAUUUAUGCAAUGGUAUGGUUAUUGGUUUCUUCAAUGCGCAUCGAAAUCAGCUGACGUGUCUACGGCUUUUGUACGCGUUGUCAAUCAAAGUAGAAGUCCAUCAUUAUUAAUGAAACCCACAACGUUCUUCGCCGUUUGUUGUAUUGCAUUAAUGAAUUAUUUGAAUUUAUCUUGA